AUGAAUUUCAUUUUAAUUUUGAUAUAUAUAUUUUUUUCGAUUAUGUCUAUUAAAUGUAAAAAUAUUGCACUUUUAAGAAGUUAUUUUUUUUUAUCUAAAAAUGUAAAACAAAUAAACAAGAAAUACUUAAGUUCUUAUAUAAAAAAAGAUGUAGAAAAUUAUUCAAAAUAUUUUAAAAAUUCAUGUUCCUUAAUUUUAUCAUCAGGAACAGGUGGAACUGAGGCAUGUGAUUUUUGUAAUAUGUUGUAUAAUAUGUAUAUGAAAUAUUUAUCGAAAAUUAAAAAUAAAAAAAAUAUAAAAUACGAAGUUAUUGACAUAAGUAAAAAUGAAGUAGGUCUCAAAAAGGUAGAAAUAAAAAUAGAAGGAGAAUAUAGUUUUUAUAAUUUUGUUUCAGAAAAAGGAAUUCAUAGAUUAGUAAGAUAUUCUCCAUUUAAUGCACAAAAUAAGAGAAUGACUUCUUUUGUAAAAGUUGAUGUAAUCCCAACUUUGAAUUAUAAUGAUGUUAAUAUAAUAAAUUUUUUAAACAAUGCUGAAAAAACUUCAUCAAAAAAUAAUAAAACAUUAGAAAAAGAAAAAAAUAAUAAUAAUAAUAAUAAUAAUAAUAAUAAUAAUAAAAUGAAUGAAAUUACAAUAAAUAAAAGCGAUUUAGUAAUUCAAACAAUGAGAUCUGGUGGUAAGGGGGGGCAAAAUGUUAACAAAGUUGAAACUGCUGUUAGAAUUUUACAUAAACCGACCAAUAUUUCAGUAAAAGUAUCAAAUGAAAGAUCACAAAUUUUAAAUAAAAGAAUUGCUUUAAAAAGCAUAUAUGAAAAACUACUGUAUUUACAAAUGGAAGCAUUAAAAAAUAAAAAAUAUGAAUUAGCUAACAAAAGUUUAACUCACUUUGGAGAACAAAUAAGAAAUUAUAUUUUAUAUGGCAAUAAAAUGAUAAAGGAUACAAGAACAAAUGUUUAUUCAUGUGAUAUUGAUAAAGUUUUGUUACAAGGAGAAAUUGAUUUAUUUAUAGAUGCUUAUCAAAAAUAUAUAUAA